AUGACUUUUACCGAGUACAUGGGCUUUUUCCAGGACAAGUAUGAGCUUAUCUGUAUGGCUGAUGAAGAGAGGGAUAAUUUCUGCUUGGAUGUUGAGAGCUCUUGGAACAUCACAAACAUGGUUCUGCUGGAUGAAGCAACCUGGCCAACUUAUACCAACAAAUGUUAUUACGACGUCUCUGGAAUUACCGAGCAGGUUUGGAUCAAUAUGCGGCUGAACAUCAAUAUCAUUCCUGCGAACAACUACACAGCAUCUGAAAACAUCAACAUCACGAUUGCCUCCCCCGGCCCUAUCACUACGAUAUGUCCUCAGGCUAUCACGAUCUCACAAAAUACGACAUUGACUUGUCAACAGAUGGCAAUUGCGUACGAGAUCCCUACUGCCGGAAUUCGGAAUCUCAAAAUUAUUUCGAUUGCAAUUGGUGUUGCUGCCGUCAACGGCACAAACCCCACAACCUCCAAUACCACAGCAACCUUCGUCAGUGCACCCACCACUACUGUCACAGGGACGACCUCUGAGUGCUGCGAAUGGCACACCGUUUUCUCCGGUGACACCUGUCAGUUGAUUGAAGCAGAGUAUGGAAUCACUCUUGAAAAGUUCAUCGCGUUGAACACGUAUGUCAAUAGCACAUGUGGUAACAUUUGGCCUGAUUACGCCUACUGUGUGUCGGGCAUUGCUACUGCCAACAGCAGCACUAGCACAACAGCAAUUACGGCUACAUCCACUAGUCCUCCUAUCCCGGUGACAACUUCUGGCACACUUACCACAGCUACCACCUCUGGGACAAUCACAACCCCUGCUCCAGCUCAGACUGGCAUGGUUAGCGGGUGUACGACCUUCUACGAGGCCAUUAGCGGCGAUGGCCUGUUACGCGAUCGCCACAUCGUACGGCAUCACGCUUGA